AUGUGUGAUAAAAAUUUUCAUUUAAUUAAAGAUUUAAAGCCGUUUCUGAGCAAUUUAUCAAUACAAUGCUUAAUAAUUAAAUAUAUAGACGAUCCACCAGAUCAUAUAAAUAAUAUUAUUAAAUAUCAUUAUCAAAUAGCAGAUAUAAGUGGAUCUGUAAUACUGUGUAUUCCUCACACAUUUAUACAAGAAGAAUUAAACAAAAAUAAUAUUGACAUUUUAGGUGAUGAUAUGGAAGAUUUGGUUGAUUCUUAUAAUAACAUCAAUUUAAAUAUUAAUGAAAAUCAAAUGAAUAUAAAUGAAAAAAAGUAUAUAUACGAUAUAAAUAAAAAAUCAAAUAAUUCUAAAACAUUAAAAUAUUUUUUCAAAGUUGGAGAUAUAUUAAAUAUAUAUGGAGCUGUAACAACUUGGUCCAUGGGUAAAAUGGUAAUAAUGCCUAAUACAAGAAUAAAAAAAAAUAGUUAUGAAAUAAAAGGAUCAAUCUAUAAAGUUGGUUUUUUUAAUAUGAACAUUAAUACUGAACCUAAUGUAAGUAAUUUAAUUACAUCAACAACAGAGAAAAAGUAUCAAAUAGAAGAAAACAUAUCGAAUAAUUCAAAUAGAAAUUAUAAUAUAAGCAAAAAUACAGAAAAAAAUAAUUAUAUAGGAGAUUUUCCAGGUAAUAGUAAAGUUAGUAAAUAUGAUAUCAUUCCUUUAUUAGAUGAUAAAAAUAUAUUAUAG